AUGUUGUCAGGAGUUCCUCUGGUCUAUGAGUCCUUCAACUGGCAGCACAGAGUCUUUGUUGGAGCAGCCAUGAGGUCAGAGGUCACGGCAGCUGCUGAGCAUAAAGGAAAGGUCAUUAUGCAUGACCCCUUUGCCAUGCGUCCAUUCUUCGGUUACAACUUUGGUGACUACCUCGCUCACUGGUUGAGCAUGGAGCGCAGGAAGGCCCCCACUCAUUUACCCAAGAUCUUCCAUGUUAACUGGUUCAGGAAGGACCCCGCAUCUGGCUCCUUCCUCUGGCCCGGAUUUGGUGAAAAUGCCCGCGUGCUGGAGUGGAUCUUCAAGCGCUGCGGCAGGGAGAGUGAGGAUGAAGCAGCCAAGAAGAGCAUUAUCGGCUGGCUGCCAGUAGAUGGCGCCGUCGACACUAAAGGUCUGAGUGGCAACGUGGAUAUGGGUGCUCUGUUUGACGUGCCUGUUCCUUUCUGGCAGAAGGAGACAAAAGAGUUGAGAGCUUACUUCACUCAGCAGGUUGGAGCUGAUCUGCCAGCUCAGGUGGAGGCUGAGCUGAAGGCUCUGGAGGACAGAGUACACAAUUAAAAACC